UGUGGAAGCCACGCGCUGCAAACCACAUCUGAUCUGGUUUCCAAGCCUUGCUAGUGUUUUCUGUACUCAAUCCUCUGAACCCAUCAUCCAAAGCCCUGCAACCCUGCAAUCUCUGUCAAAUUAGUGGAACUCCCAACUCCCAAGUGCCUCACUAAUCCACCCACCAUCCCGUACACACCCCCAAAUCCAAACAAAAAACAACACAGUACUCUGUACCCUAUUUAACUGCACCAAAACUGAGCCAUUUGAGCUUAAACAAAACACAACAGAAUCAAACAUGGCAGCCACAAAGCCCUCUCAAUCCAGCGAAACUUUCUCUUCCCCAAGUGCCCCUGCAGCAUCCCCUGCGCCAUCCGACGUGGCACUAAUGGCCGACCCAUUCAAGGACGUCGAAGCCCAGGUGGACUACGGACAGAGGGGUCAGUGGCUCCGAGCAGCCGUGCUGGGAGCCAACGAUGGGCUUGUUUCCACAGCAUCCCUCAUGAUGGGUGUCGGCGCCGUCAAACCCGAUGCCCGAGCAAUGCUACUUUCCGGCCUUGCGGGGCUCGUGGCCGGUGCAUGCAGCAUGGCAAUCGGAGAAUUCGUGUCUGUUUACACACAGCUUGACGUUGAGCUUUCUCAGAUAAAGAGAGAAAAUCCCACCGAAGAAAAAGAAGAAGAUGGGCUUCCGAAUCCGUUUCAGGCGGCUAGUGCUUCGGCCCUGGCUUUUACGGCGGGCGCCGUUGUUCCGUUGCUUUCGGCGGCCUUCAUUGAAUCGCACUGGGUUCGUAUGGGUGUUCUCGUGGCCACCUCUAGCGUUGCUCUUGCUGUUUUCGGAGCUCUGGGAGGUUUUUUUGGAAAAUCUCCAGUGCUAAAGGCGGCGCUGCGGGUUCUGUUUGGCGGCUGGGCCGCCAUGCUUGUGACUUAUGGAAUUCUUCGCCUUUUUGCCUCGUUUGGGAUCUGAUUGAAUGGCAUUGAAAUCCUUGCCAUUGGAUUAUCAGCUUUGAAGUACACAUUCGAAGCAGUAUUUUUAAAACCAAGACCUCCCAUAUAAAUAACUCGCACCUAACGUAGGUCAUCUCCAUCACUACUUAGAUCAAAGUUGUUAUUUUCACUUGACGUGUAGAAUGAAUUCGGGUCUAGAAUAAUUUAGGCGUGCCUCCCUCUGUCUACUUCUAUGUAAAUUAUUAUUAUAUUGGAAAUUCGUAUCAGCAAUCGGAUUUGCCAAAAUCUUGCAAUGCUUGAGCUGGCAUUGCAGUUAAAGGGUCUGUACAAAGUCCUUAUUGUGUCCCCCAUUUUCACUUUAUGUCAAAAAAAAGUUAGUUUAAAUUGUGAUUCUGACA